GGUGGCCUCUCUCUCUCUCUCUCUCUUUCCCCUUUUCCCUCUCUCUUCCCCGAGGCUAUGUCCACCCGGUGCGGCGAGGGGGGCAGCGCCAGAGGCACGCAGCCGCGCGGGGGCUACAGAGCCCAGAACCAGCCCUACAAGAUGCACUUAGGACCCCCGCGGCUGGAAGAAUGAGCUUGUCCUUUCUCCUCCUCUUCCUCAGCCACCUGAUCCUCAGCUCCUGGGCUCAAGGGGAGAAGCGCCUCGCCCCCAAAGGGCAACUCGGACCUGCUGCAACUGAUAGGAACCCGGGAGGCUCCAGCAGCCGCCAGAACAGCAGUAGCACAACGUCUUCCUCUUCUUCCUCUGCCUCCUCCCCCGAGACUUCUCUGGGCAGCCAAGGAAGCGGCUUGGAGCAGAGCAGUUUCCAGUGGACCCCCUCAGGGCGCCGGACUGGCAGCCUCUACUGCAGAGUGGGCAUCGGUUUCCAUCUGCAGAUCUACCCGGAUGGCAAAGUCAAUGGCUCCCACGAAGCCAAUAUGUUAAGUAUUUUGGAAAUAUUUGCUGUGUCUCAGGGGAUUGUAGGAAUACGAGGAGUUUUCAGCAACAAAUUUUUAGCGAUGUCAAAAAAAGGAAAACUCCAUGCAAGUGCCAAAUUUACAGAUGACUGCAAGUUCAGGGAGCGAUUUCAAGAAAACAGCUAUAAUACCUAUGCCUCAGCAAUACACAGAACUGAGAAAACAGGACGUGAGUGGUACGUGGCCCUGAACAAAAGAGGGAAAGCUAAACGAGGCUGCAGCCCCAGGGUGAAACCCCAGCACAUCUCGACCCACUUCCUGCCAAGAUUCAAGCAGUCUGAGCAGCCAGAACUUUCUUUCACAGUUACUGUUCCUGAGAAGAAAAAGCCACCUAAUCCUAUCAAGCCAAAAGUUCCCCUUUCUGCACCCCGGAAAAGUCCCAACACGGUGAAGUACAGACUCAAGUUUCGGUUUGGAUAAUGUUCAUCUUGGGCUUGUGAGAAACCACACGUCCCUCUCAGGCGUUUCUGUAGGUGUCUUUACAGCUCUGAAGAAGAAUUUCGGACAUAGCUUCAGCUCUACUACACUGUAGUGAAGUCAGGUCAUUUGUUUCGGUGGAACUGAAACAAAAAUGUUUGUUGAUAGGAAUGAACUGGAGUUCUUUGUACCGAUGCAGGGAGCACACUGCUUCAGUUCAGUAAGACAUAAAGCCUUUUGCUUUAUGCUUAGGACAUAUUAGGACUUGGUGUUUUCAAGAAGUCAAACAGCGUGGACUAUGUAUUUUUCUGACUUUUACAGAUCAACCUGAAAGAACAUACAUGUUAUGUUUUAUAUUUUUGGUUUCCAAAGAAUAUUUUGAUGCAGAUAAAAUAUUUUAUUAACUUUUGGAUUGUUUUUCUUUUUUUUUUCUUUUUUGUUGUUUUUUAAAAAAGUACCUCUGCAUUGAGCAUAUUUUCUUACUUUUAUUAUUUUAAUUAAUAUGACAUAAACAAGCAUUUUAAUGAAUGAAAAAUGUUAUAGCCCAUUUGUAACAUGUGAAUUUCUUUUUCAUUUUUCUUAUUCAUUGCACUUUUUUUUUAUUAUAUAUUUUUACCAUACCUCAGAUAAUGUAAGUUUAGUUCUAUAUCUUAAAAUGUUUAAAUUUUCUU